AUGCUCGUCGCGCCGGCACAGGUCUUGCGACGAGCGGCCCAGGGCGUGCUGGGGGUGGCGCUGUCGCUCAUCGCAGCGACGCAGGACCCCUCUGCUGUGCUGGCUGCAGACAUGGCGCCGCUGGUUGACAGCGCCAAGGUGGUUGCGCAGGAGCAGCGGGCAGGGCUCAGCAGCAGUCUGGAGGAGCUUGAACGGGACUAUGGCUGGAAGGUCCGCGUGUACACGGGGUUCGGCGGCCCCCUGGCCACCAAGACGGACGCACAGUCGCCGCGCCAGAUGUUUGGCCCCCCUGAUGAGAAGACGCUGUGGCUCAAGGUUGACCCCUCUUCACCCAACAUCUUGAACAUGGUCUACAUUGGGGACGACGUGCUGUUCAAGCUGAGGAGGCCGUUCCUGCAGGAGGUGCAGAGCAGGUAUGGCAACCAAUUCUUCGUGCGCGAAAACGGGGAGAACGCCGCUGUGCUGCAGGCCGUGGGGGCGCUGACGCAGUGCUUGGCAGCGCCAGAGGGCUGCAAGGUGAGCGGCCUGGAGCGGGCGCCCGGCCAGGGCGCGGGCGAUCUUGCAGGGUCCAGGAAUGGUAUCAAGGUGGUUCCUGGCCUGCCGUCGGGGCAGUACUACUUCACUCUUGCAUUCUCCGUGGCAGGCGGGGUGAUUGCUGGGGCCGUGUCAAAGCUUGAGCCGCAGGGCAUUGUCCGCCGGAAGUGGAUCUGGCUUCUGGUGUUCUCUCCGCUGUGGGCCCCGCUGUUCAUCAACUUUGGGCUGGGCCCCGUCCUCAGCCGCACCUCGGACGCACUCCCUGUGGUGGGCAACUUUGCCGGCUUUGCGGUGGGCGCGGCCCUGCCUUACCUGGACCGGCUGCUGGCGCCGCAGCAGCAGCAGGAGGGCGGAACUCAGUGA